UUUAAAGCCAUCUAUUUUAGAUCCCGACCAGGCUUUAGACCAGUCUGAAAUUUAAAGCUGCGCAACAAAGCGAAGCAGGAGAAGAUGCACAAGCAACGUUUGCCCUUCAACAGCGGUCCGGGAGGAUUUGGAGCCAGUGCCUUCAACUUCAAUGCUCCGCAGUUCGGCGAUGGGGGUGGAUUUGGACACGGACCAGUGCCCGUUCCCGUUCCCGAGGGUCUCAACGGCAUGCCGUUUUUGGGCAAAACGCCGACUAAGCCGCUAAUGGGCUCCAUCAGCCGCCAUCGUUCGCUGGUCGAAGGCGCUGGCCUGGAUUCUCUGCCGCCGCCACUACUUCCCACAAUGGCCGAGCGCAUCCUGAGCGGCGGAGUGGGACGUGGCGGCCAGCGGCUGGGAGUGCCGCCAAUACCCAGCUACUUUGGAUGCCUUGAGGGUGACCUAUCAAUGCUGGAGCAGGAAUCCCCGCCGGACUACCUGAAUCAGACCCAAGAUCCAACCACGAAAGAUACCGACUCGGAGAGCGAGCUUCGCACUCAGGUGGAUGGCGCGACCUUGUUGGAAUCACGCUGGCGUCGUGCCUUCGGCUGCCUGAUGGACACUCUGCCGGCGGAGCGGCGCCGGCGGCUGGAGGAGACGCUCCAGCGCUGCGGACAGACGGCCAUUGCCAAGCACUUGCUGGUGCUACUACAACUGCUGACCCUAGUCGUGGGUGCGGGUUUGCGCCAGGUCAAGCGUGUCGGCUCGCUCUGCGGCGGCGUUCGCUUCCGGGUGAACCGCGUCCAGUUCCAGCUGCGCAUUGCUCUGCGCCAGAUGCUGUGGCGCUUGGCCAAUGCCAAGGCCAAUGACACCUUGCUCUUUCUCAUCGUGGUGCUGGUCACGCCCUGGCUAUUUCUCUUCAGCCUGCUGGGCUUUGCCCUAUCGUUCGCCUUCUCCAUAAGAACGGCCGCGGCAGAGGGCAUACGUCAGCUGCGCUGGCGUCUAUUUUAGGCCAAAUGACAGUGAGCCAAGAAGGGAGAAGGGACAGCCACAACAACACCUCCAAGAGCACCCUUCUCCACCUGAAACACACACUUUACACAAAGACACUAGAGCAGCGCAUUCCACAAAAUAAUACAAGACAAACUGCAAGAAACUACCUGAACAUCGUCUAUAUUUUGUGUUGCAGCAACAAAAUAGAGCACAAGAAAUGUAAAAUAUUGUUUUUUUUAAGGAUCUCUUAAAAUUUUACAAAAGCGUUAUAGGGUAAAAAAUAAAUAAAUUAUAAAAUAAGUUCGAA